AUGCAUAAGGUAUUAAAAGUCAUACUUUCUCCCAUUACUAAUUUUUUUCCAAAAGGCUUUCCAGUGAGAAAGUUGGUUCCAUUAUUAUUAUUAUUAAUUUGUGAAUCAUUUACUAACAAUUCUAUUGCAGCUUAUGCUGGAUUUAUGGUAACUGAUUUUGGAAUAGUAGAUAAUCCAAGUCAAGCUGGGUAUUACAGUGGGAUAUUAAAUGCAUGUUAUUUCUUUUCACAAUUUCUUUCUUCAUUUUUCUUAGGGGUUUUAUCCGAUAAUAUAGGAAGAAGACCAAUUUUAUUGAUUGGAUCUCUAGGGUCUCUUAUAUCAACUCUUCUUUUUGGAUUUUCUUUCAACUAUUGGUGGGCUGUUAUUUCUCGUUCUAUUAACGGAUUAGUUAAUGGUAAUAUUGGUGUAAUUAAAACUUUUAUGGGAGAGUUUUCAACAAAAGAAAAUAGAGCACAAGUAUUUGGUCUUAUUGGAUUAACAAAUGGAUUAGGCAUGAUAAUUGGAGCAAGUGUUGGAGGAUAUCUUGCUCGUCCAGCAAAACAAUAUCCAUCAAUAUUUGGAGGAAUGAAAUUCUUCGAAAUAUUUCCUUUUAUAUUACCAAAUUUAGUUUGUUCGUUAAUUACUAUGGUUGGUGUUAUUCUUGGUUAUUUCUAUUUAGAAGAAACAAAACCAAGAGAACGUACAAAUGACCAAUGGUAUAUUCAAAUUUUGAAUAUUUUUAAGAAGGUUAUUGGAAGAACCAUUAAGAUAGUUAAAAUGUUGUUUUCUAAAGAAUUUGUUGGGAUUUUAUGUUGUUUUAGUUAUUCUAUUAUUUCUGUUGGUGCUGCAAUGUUGUUGACUGUUAUUCCUUUAUUGAUGAUGGCGUCUAUUGAAGUAGGUGGGUUUGGAUGGGAAACAAGUCAAAUAGGAACAUUCAAUAUGAUUUCUGCCGUAGGAAUAAUUUGUACACAGUUAUUUAUUUAUCGACCAACAGUAAAAUUAUUUGGACCAUUAUGGACAAACAGAAUUGGUUCAUUAGGUAACCUUAUUUUAUACAACAUACCUCCUUGUAUUUACUACUUAUAUCCAUAUGGUAAUGUAGCAUUGUGGAUAGGACUUGGUGCUUUUGGUAUUAUGGUGAAUAUAACAACCCAAUUUUGUUUUGCCUCAGUCAUGGCUAUGAUUGCCAAUAGCGUGAAAAAUGAUUUAUUAGGUACUCUAAAUGGACUAAGCCAAAGUCUUGUAGCAUUGUUCAGAUUAUUUGCUCCUUUAAUUUCAUCUCCUUUAAUAGCUUGGUCAUUUACUCAAAAAUUCCCCUUCAACGCUCAUUUUACAUUCUUUGUACUAGCUGUCAUUCCUUUCAUCAACUUCUUGUUAUUGUUAUUAAUUCCUAAGUCAAUUAACUAUCCAAAACAAGAAGUUCAAUACACAAAAAUUGUUGAACUUGACGAUAUAAAAGCCAAAGAUGAAACUACACAACAAAAAGAUGAAACUACACAACAAAAUGUUAAUUCACCAAACCAAAUUAAUACCACUAAAACAAGCUCUUCUGAAGAACAAGCUCAUGCCAUCAUUAUUGAUGAAGAUGAAAACCAAGUUGAACUUUAA